AUGCCAACGAUAUCUACACCAUCGAAGAUCGCUAGCACGCAAGCUCAGGGUGCUUUCAUUCACUUCAGCGGCUCUACAUCUAAGGAACGGGAUGAGGUUGCUGCGAAAGUCAUAGCACGGACGGGUGCGAUCUUUGUGCCCCCAUACGAUCAUCCAGAUAUUAUACUUGGACAGGGAACUAUGGCGGUGGAGUUCGAGCAACAAGUUGUCGAUCUUUUACGCGGAAAUGAAACGAUACAUUUAGGGAAAAUUGGCUUAGAUGCCGUUAUUGCACCUUGUGGAGGUGGAGGCAUGCUUUCGGGAACCGCAAUAGCACUGAAGGAUGCUGGUAUCAAAGUGUUUGGAGCAGAGCCAGGCUUUGAGGGUGCUGACGACGCGAGGCGUGGCGUUGAAAGUGGCGAACGGAUUACUGAAGUGAGCACGUUGACCAUCGCUGACGGUUUACGAACGCCGUUAGGCGACUGGACGUGGAAGAUCAUCUCGGAUAAGGGCUUCGUAGCCGGGUUGUAUACAGUGACGGAGGACAAUAUCCGAGACGCGAUGAGGCUGGUGCUUGAACGGAUGAAGUGCUUCGUUGAACCUAGUGCAGUGGUCGGUUUGGCUGCGCUUUUGUACAACGAGGAUCUAAGGAAGAGAAUAGAGGUUGAAGCAGGGCAUGAUGGGUGGAACAUUGGGGUCAUUCUGAGUGGCGGUAACACGACCAUCGAAGCCAUCGCGAACAUCUAUUCAGAUGAGAACAGAUCUAGAUGA